AAACAGGAGCAUUUUCGUUUCUACGAAGAUUAACAAAACCGCUGUGUUGCUUCUCUAGACCAAGUGUGAGACUUGUACAGCUUCACAAUGGAUCGAACACAGACGGGUUACAAAGGGCAGAAUUUCUUGAAGGAUUUAAACUGCCAUGGACGUAUUCAGAAUAGAGGAAUACUUAAACAGGACUCGAGAAAAUCCUACCACCUACAUGGACAGCUCUCACCAAACCUGAAGGAGAAAACCUGCAGUGUUGUUCUCACCAGAUUGGAGGAUGUGACUGGCUCUCGUAUGGUGGACAGUCAGGGUGGAACAGCACCAAAUAUUUCCUGCUGGGUGGAUGAGUUUGGAACCCUUAAAGUUCAUACUGGGCUUCCCUCAGAAUCUCGGAGGAUAAGUCCAAAAGAGAAACUUUUCACUGGGCUAUCUGCUGGGUCAGUUUCCAAAAUGGAUUUCACAGAACCCCGAAAACGAAGGCUAGCUUCCCUCAAUGCUGAAGCCGUAAAUAAUUUACUGUUCGAGAGGCAUGAUAGUUUUUCUUCCAGGAAAGUUCAUAAAGAGCUAAACAAACCUGGUGUGAACUGCAAAUCUACUGUAGAUUGGACUUCCUUAAAAAGGGCAGACAUUGCACCUCUUGCCAAAAAGGCAAAGCAGAGAUGCAUAGCUCGUAACAGGUCAGCGUCAUCAGAUGAUGCGUUUGAUGCUACUUUAAAGAGAGACGUUAAUGAAGUAUCUUAUUCUCCUGCUCCAAAGAGACUGGCAAGUUUGAAUGCUGUGGCUUUUUUGAAGCUCACAAAUGAAAAAGGCCAUCCUUUGAAACAAAGGAGCAAGUCCUGUGGAGAUGGUGGACGUUCUUCCAGCAAUUGCUCAAAAUCCAAGUUGAAAACAAAAAGGUCUCCCAAAAAGAUUUGUGUCAAGUCUAAGAAAGACUUACUGCAUAGGAAGGCUGAGGACUACCAUCGCUUGCAGGGGGGAUCGAAUCACAUUGGAUUUUUAAAACCAGAGCAUCGAGAAUCUACAAGGUCAUUAGGUAAAAUGAAGAGUGUUCAUGUGGAACAGUCUUCCAGCUGCCAUGAUGGCUCAGUACCUUUGUACCACAGACUGCCUUUAUUAAUGGGAGGACAAGCUUCCAUGAAGCCUGAGUAUGGAAGGCCAGGUGAAAAGUCUCCCACUCCCAAACAAGACUUCCAGCAGCCUUCUUUUCCAGUGCAGCAACUUCAUCACUUGCCAGUUCCAGGUAGCCACACAGAUUGUGUCUGCUUUUAUGGCUCAACAGAUCUAGCAUCUUCGUUGGAUGGAACCUACAUUUCUUAUGGCCAAAGUGGAUUACCUUACAAUGGGUAUUCAGAUUUUUCCACGUACCCUAAAGACGAAGUGUUUUCACAGCCAGAGCACUGCGAAGAACUCUUGGUGUCACAGAGCUCUUUACACCCCAGUGCAAUGUUUGAGCAUCUUCCAUGGUGCAACUCUCGCUUUUCCUAUGGAGAAGACACUGGGACUAAUACGGAUAGCCUUUGUGGGGUAGUACGGCUGCCUUUUGGCAGAGUUCUGAACACUCACACGGGACAUAACAGCUAUCCAUACAAAAAGCCUUUAACAGCAGAGGGAUACACAUCACUGGACCAGCUCAGCAUAGCAAUCCCCACAGCAGGUCACCCGGUGUCUCCUGCUCACCCACUCUCAGGAUGCCCUGUUCCCAGUGUCCCACCUGCUGCUGAGCCUGUCCCCUACCUGCAGACCCCCAACUCCGAACCUCAGACAAUGGCCAUGCUGAAAACUGCUCGUGAGUGUCCGCAGAGCUCCAAGCCCCCCAGCGGAUCCAAGUCAGGAGCCCGAAAUACACCGGGAUGUGUGCAUGCAGCUGACAGUAAGACAAACAAAAGCCACAACCACCCCAAACAGCAGAGGAUCAGCAGUAGAAGAGCAACAAAUGGCUGGAUGCCUUUGGGUACAGCUUGUGAGAAAGCAGUCUAUGUAGUUAAUGAGCCUGAGCCCGCUCUCCGAAGAAGUUAUCAAGCUGUGGAGAGGAAUGGAGAGAUUAUCAGAGUCCGAGACACUGUCCUUCUGAAAUCCGGUCCCAGGAAAAAAUCCAUGCCAUAUGUGGCCAAGAUAUCUGCUCUCUGGGAAGAACCAAAAACCGGUGAGCUGAUGAUGAGUCUCUUCUGGUACUACAGACCAGAGCACACUCAGGGAGGACGUAACCCCAGUAUGCACCAGGUAAAUGGAAUAAAUACU